AUGCAGAAACGGCUGUCUACAAUUCCUUAUACUCAAUUAGUCAAACGAUUACGUCAGGGUCCUAUUAAGACGUCGGAUCAACCUUCUAUUACCUCUUUAAUAUACGAGAUGCCCGAAAAAUAUCAUUUGCUCACGCUGCUGAACAACAAUGACUCCGAAGAUAUUCAUCUGGUCUCUUCCUUGCUGGAUGCUUUCAAUCCUCAUCUCCUUCUUUCAAAUGCUUUCAACUAUAUACAAGAGACGAAAACUCCUAACAGUGAAACCAUUGAGCUUAUCUCCUAUAAGGUCAACCGAAUUGCAUUACGAAAGAAACUAUUUAUUUUACAGUCAAAAAGCUCAUCCUUAGAGGGUCAUCAGUCUCUUACCUUGUCAAUAUUUCAACUCUCUAUUACGUUCAACAUGACAGAUUUGGCAACCAUUAUUUUACGAGCCACCAUUUUCAAUGCUCUAAAACAUGACGAUAAACAAACUUUUCAAAGAGCCUUGGUGAUAGCAAAUUCUGUUACUCUAGAUAGUCUUUUGAAGUUACUUUGUGUCAAGGAUCCAUCUAAUGAUUUGCGAGAUCUCAUCACCAUCUUCGAAUUAAUUGAUAGAUAUAACAGAAUGGUCACAAAGUACAGACAAGUUUCUGGUAAUCCAUCUUGUGCAUCCUUCUUCAAUCUCUCUCAGUCAGAAAUAGUGGCAAUACUAGCGAAGUCAUCACCUCUUUCGGAAAGACUGAUUACGAGCCCAGAAUAUGUGAAGAUGUCCGAGCUGGUCAUAAAAGAGUUGGGUCAUGCUAUCUCGAUCAUGGCAGCUAGUAUGCCUAUUUAUACCGAUAAUUAUGAAUUGAAUACUAUAGCACAACUCACAUACUCCGGACUUCUUCAUCAUUAUUUGGCCUUCUGCUACAGAUACAUCGAGAAUCGGAUCCAUUUUAAUGAUCCUGCAUCUGUAUAUAGUGUAUGGAACAUCAUAAAACCUUUCCAUAACAAGCUAUACAGCUCAGAUGUUGAUUCACCCAAUAACAACUGUUUCAAUAACUAUUACUACUAUGAGACUUUGGCUAGAAUGAUCAGUUGUUUCUCGAAAAACACUCGCUACAGACCUCUAGUUAAAGAUCUUAUAGUAGACUUGCCUAUCGAUGCAGUGAAAGUGGCUCCGGAACUUAUGUCUGCCCUCAUAUAUCACUGUUCUCGUAUUCAGAAUCAUCAUCUUGCUGACUUGUUACUUCAGCAAUACGACAAUGAUACGUUGGGCUUACCAACGAAGUACUCAACGGGUCAGCUAAGUGCUUUACUAUCGCUUACUUUGAAAGACAAGCAGUUCGAAAAGGCAAAGGAGAUAAUCAACUUUGCUAGAGAUAACUUGGUUGUUUUCAGCGCCGGCGAAUUCAACCAACUUAUUGUCACAACUUUACAUAGUAAUAUUGAGAAUGCAGAACAUGAUGCGUGGCAGAUGAUUCUUGCCAGAACCCCACAAGAUGCUCAGUAUGCCUACAUAAGUUAUCUCAAUCAUAUGAUAGACAAUAGCUUACAUAUUGACUUUGCUAAGACUGAUUUCAUUUUUCAAAAAGCUAUUGAAUCAAUUAACCCCUCCAAUAGACACUUCUGGGACUACUGGAAUCUUUCCUACUUCAAAUAUAUCAACAGAAAAUAUUCACCUCUAGAAAGUAUGAAGAUUAUUGAUAACGGUGCUGGAAUAUCAACAUUUAAGACUCUAUCAAACUUUCAAUUUAGAACCAAUCCAUUCUCCACCCGAUUCGACAAAGUAAGACUUCAUUUAUCAAAGGAAGUGAGACCAUUGAUAACAAGAGACAUUUACCAGAUUGCAUACAAAAGGUAUAUGAAGGGGGAGAAGCCACUUUUCAAUACGAUUGCUGACUGGUGUUACUUACAGUUCAAACAAUUAGGAAUUAGGGAUUGCAACCUGAAAAUAGACCUAGCUAAGACUGUAAGGAAGAAGGAGAGGAAGAACAACAGACUUCAAACCACUUCAUCUUCAACCAGUCCACCAGAAUAUGAGCAAAGUUCUAGGUUGGAAGACAAGUUUGUGCAGAACCUCAAGGAAUUUAACUCACAUUGGGACAAUGAUUACGACUAUAGACACGUACAUAAAUGA